AAGCGUUGCGUUUCCUUAGGUAACAAAGAGAUGGGGCUGAGUUGCUCCACGGGCCGGACCGGAGGAGGAGGAUCCGAAAGAAGCCUGCUCAAAGCAGCGAGGCAAGGCGAUGCGACGCGCGUGGAGCAGCUGCUAUCACCGCGCAAUGGCCUAGAGCUUUUGAAGACGCACAACUGGAGCGAACAGAACGCGCUCCAUGUCGCCGCACGGCACGGGAAGGCGUCGGUUCUGGAGGUUAUUGAGCGCUGCAUCCGAGCAGCACCUCGUGACUCCCUCGCAGUUCUAUCGCGGCUCGGUCGCAACGCCGAUGGCAUCAUGGCAGCGCUGGCGAACCAUGUGGACGACCGCGCCCAGACGCCACUGCAUCUUGCCGCCAUCUUCGGGCACCAUGAGUGCGCAGCUUUGUUGUUGAGGUUCGGUAGCACGCCGUGGAGCUGGGACGGCCAAAGCAGCCGCUCUCCGCUGCACUACGCCGCCAGUAUGGGGCACGUGGACGUUGUACGGGAGCUGCUGAGCCACCCUGCACCGCCGCCGGCGGGAGCCGAGAUGCGCUGGCCGAACAACGACAGCACCAGGCUGGUGGACAUUCGCAGCGAGUGCGGCUACACGCCCCUACACUACGCGGUGUGGGCGGGAAGUGCGGAGUCGGUGCGCGCGCUGGUGAGCUACGAUGCGUCGCUGUCGGCGGUGAACCUGGCGGUGUCGGGCGACUGGGUGGCGGCGCCGGGGCCCGGCUGCACGCCCCUGCACCUGGCGGCGGCGCGCGGCAACACCUCCAUGUGCCGCCUGCUGCUGUCCGCCUACGCCCAAAGCGCGGUGCUGCACCAGGCCGGCCAGCGGCCGCGCCGCCGCGACCCGCGCCUGUACGGAAACACCGCCCGCGAGCUGCCGUACCACGUGGCCCACACGUACGGCCACACCACCCUGCUGGAGCUGCUGCACCCCGAGGUGCCGCUGUCGUACCUGCUCACCCCCGAGGAGCUGGACUCGGAGGCACGGCUGUACGGCGCGCCCAAGCUGUCCGUACUCGCGGCGCGCGCGCUGCAGGCCAAGCUGCUGGCGGAGGUGGACGUGGCGGAGGCGGAGGCCGCCAAGGUGGCAGACGCGGCCGGCGGCGGAGGCGCAGGCCGCGGCGACGGCACUGCCAGCGGCGGCGGUACGCGCCGCUCCAUGCGUCCCAGUCUGGAGCUCAUCUCCAGCGCUUUCGCGGCGGCGGCGGCGGCCGCGGCUUCUGCGGCCACGCCAGCAGAGCGGCUUUCGAACAUCACCGCCACCUCGGUCGGGGUUGCUGGCCGCACCCCUGUGGCGGCCGGCGGCCGCCCCGACUCCUCCGCUGCAGCCGCGGUGGCGGCUGCAGCUGCCUCUGCAAUCCAAAACGCAACCGCAGCGGCUGGCGGCGCUGCCGCGCUGUCGGCACGCACGCGCGCUGCGGUGGCUGCCGCUGCAGUGGCGUCGGCUGUUGCUCGGGAGCUAGGUAGCGGUGGCGGCGCGGGCGACCUGGGUGCAAUCAUGGACCACCAGUCGUCGCUGCCGCUCCCGCCCGCGCCGCUGGCGCCCUUCCUUGCGCUCGCACGCAGCGUCUUGCCCACGGCGGUGUACGAGGAGGUUACUGGCGGCGGCCGCGGCGGCGGCGGCGGAAGUGACAACCUCAACCGCACGUCCGUGACGUUGGGGCUGCUCUACCGCGCCCGCACAAGGGGCGAGAGCCUGGCGGAGGUCAGCGUCGCCGGCGGCACUGCUGCCAAGGACAAGGCCAGCGGCCGCUGGCACCUGCCCUGGCGCGGUGGCAAGGACCGGUCCGGUGGCGGUGCCGCAGGGGCUGGGGAGGCGGCGGCGGCAGGGGCCGGGCCGCAGGCUGCCGGGCCGACGGAUGCGAAUGACCCGGUCGCUGUGGCGGGCAGGGACGAGGGCGCGGCGGUGGAGCCGCGGCCGCUGCGGCGGCGGAGCAUCACGCUCGCAUUACUUCACCGGGCGCGCGCCCGCGAGGCGGCGGCGGCCGGCUCCGGUGGAGGGGCCGCCGGCAGCGGCGGAGGCGCUGGCGGAGGCGGAGGCGGUGUCAGCGGCUGGGCACAUAACCUGCUCACCCACCUGCACCCGACACCCACGCACGGUGACGUGCCGGCAGCGGGCACCUCCAUGCCGGCCCCGCGCGCCAACGGUGCCGCUGCUGUGACCGGGCGCGGCAGCAUGGACCGAGGCACGGCGCCGUCGUCGCCACUCGUUCGGCGGCAGCAGGACACGCCCGCCGCCACCAGUAGCGGCGGAGCCGCGCCUGCUCUUGGCACGAUCUCCCAAACACGUAAGCAGUCUACGGGCAUGUCACUGUGGCGCCGCGCAGUGGGGCAGCAACAGGGCCAGCCCAGCCCUAUCGCUUCCCAGCCGCCUGCCCAGCCGCCUGCCCAGCAGCCGCAGCAACAGCACCAGCAACAGCACCCGGUAGUGAGCCCGUUUGCAGCGGCUGCGGGUGCCGCCUUGGGGCCGGCCGCCACAGGAGACCAGCCGUGGCCGCAACAGCCACAGCCAGCAGGCAUGCCCACCACCGGAUCCCCAGCAGCGGCGCCGCCUUGGACCAGUGCUGCGCCGCCCUCAACGCCAGCGAUGCCCUCUGCGGCCGCUGCUGCGUCGGCUGCUGCAACUUCAGCAGCCGCGGCAGCGGCGGCCGCUGCCGCCGCGGCCGCCAUGGCCGGCGGCGGCAACCUCCUCGGCCGGGGCCCGCACGUGCGCCGGGCCGCCUCCGGCAGCGAUGUCGACAGCGCGGUCGUGGUGGCGGCUGCCGCGGCUGCCGCGGCCGCUGCGGCGCAGCACGGCGGCGGGAUGACCGCCGUCACCGACGGCUCCAGCUCUUCCUACAGCUCGGGCGGCGAUGUGGUGGGGCCGAUGGCAGGCGACGGCAACCUUCCCGAGGACGACCCCGCACAGAUCUUGCGUCGCUGCCGGCUGCUGCAGCUGGUGGCGGGAGUGGAUGUGCAGCAGAUGAUCCUGAACCACAUCCUGCAGCAGCAGCACCGCGCGGAGCGCCGCCUGGAGGAGCGCGAGGCGGCGGAGGCGGCCGCGGCUGGCGGCCGGCCCCUGCACCCGCACCACCACCAUCACCACCAUCACAAGCCGCACGGCCAGCACCACCUGUACGAUUUGGAGGUACGAGGUGCAGCGGCUUUGGCGGCAAGUGAGGGCGGUGCCGCAACCACCGCCGCCGCUAACGCGGUGGCGGCGGCGGCAGCCGCCGCCCUGGCGCGCUCCGCACACGAGAGCAGCGCCGGCCGUCAGUCCUGGAGCGGGGGCGUGGGCGCGCUGGCGGGUGCCCUCGGCGGCGGCGGCAGCCGCAAGCAGCUCUUGGGCGUUGGCGGCGCCGAUGGCAUGCUGCCGGGUUCGGACCUGCACCCGCUCCACGAGCACGACGAUGACGAGGCCGGCCACAUGGUGUCACUGCAUCAGGAGGCGCUGCUUACGGCCCACGGCAGCGGAGGAAAGGACGGCGCUGGCAUGGGCAAGGACGGCAUGCCAGCAGCGGCGCUACCGCGCCCUCGGGCGCCGUACCGCCGCGCCCGCUCCAACUCCAUCACGCUCGCCAUCCUGGCGCGGACACGCAUGGCGGCCAUGGCCGCUGCUGCCGCCGCCGCGGCCGCGGCUGCCGCUGCUGCAGAGCAGGGCGAGUCGGCACUCCGUGGCGGCGCUGCUGACGGCGCGCCAGGCCGCCGGCUGCCCAUAGCCAGCGCGGCGCCAGGGCCGCGCCGCCAGCCGCAGGACGACGCAGCGGGUGCGGCUGCUGCCGCCAGCAGCGCCAUGUCUAUCGCCUUGGAUGAGCACCUGCCGCAGCUGCCGCUGUCGCCGGUUUCCUCCGCCUUCCUGGAGCCGCCUGGUGACACGCAGCAGCUGACGGCGCUGCCGCCCACGGCGGCAAAGCCCGCCGCAACAGAAGCUGCAGCGCGGGCACCAGCGGGCCCUGUUGCGUCGGACGCGGCGGCGGCGGGCGCGGCCGAAGCUGCACACGACGGGGCGCCUCGUCGCAGCCUGAGCCUGGGCGUUGGCGGGCCCUGGCAGCGCAGGACGCUGCCGCCGGUGAUGCAUGAAGCAGUUCCGCCGCCGCCGCCGGCCGCCACCACAACUACGAGUAGCCGCUUGCUGGCGGUCGGCGCCUCGCCGGUGCGCACUCCGGCGCUGCCGCUGUCGACUGCGGGUUCUGUGGAGCAGCCGACGCCGCCGCAGCCGCGCUCGCGCUCGGGCUCGCUGGCGGCAGUGGCGGCGGUCGCCACCGCGCUGGCGGCGGCGGGCCUGAGCUCGGCGCCUGGCUCUGCCACGCCGUCACGUGCGGCCUCAGUGCGCCAUAGCGGUGCGGCUGCAGCAGUAGCAGGCGCGGUGACGGGUGCGUCAGGCGACUCGGCUGGAGCGUCGGCGUUUGUGGACGAGUACGAGGGCGUGUGCGGCGUGUGCCUGGAUGCCGCGGAUGUGGUGCGCAUUGCCGGCUGUCGCCACCGGCUCUGCCCCGACUGCUGUCGCGAGCUGUGCCGUAUGGGUGGAGCGCUGCGCCCCGCGCAGUGCCCCUUCUGUCGCGGCACGAUCUCUGGCUUUGAGUUCGCGUCGGCAGGGGCGGCGGUGGCGGCGCGGGCGGCGCCGGUGGCGGCGGCUGUUGAAGGGAAGCAGCAGCGACAGCAAGAACAGGCGGAGCCGAUGGCCGCAACGGCGCGAGCAGGCCUGGCGGCUAUGGUGGUGGCGGCGACCGCGGCGGCACCUCAAGCGGCUUCGGCGGCACAGAGAGCCCCGGCAGCGGGAGCCGCCGCCGCUGGCGCCAUGGCUCCAGCGAGUGCCUUGACUGCGCCAGCGCCCGCAGUUGCGGUGCGUUAAGCUGGAAAGCUAAAGGAAUGAGGCUAGCAACUUUCAUGAAUCAAUUACUCUCAAGCACUCAUAGCUGCUGUCAGGCACGUGCAUUUCCGCAUCGCCCGUACGCACUCCUGGUUUGCAUUCGGUAUCACUGACAUGGAGCGUGUUGGUCACGGCAGGAUGCGGGCAUUGUGUAAUCGAGCCGGCAGUGUGUUUGUUUGGGCCAGGGUUGCUGCAUGCGCAUGUAUAGGUCACGGCAUCAAGAAACGCAACUCUGAAUGUUCCCGUACAUGUUUUGGUGUGGCGUCAGAGACUGACUGCGCAAUUGAGGAAUUCGCAGCAGCAGUGGUAUGGGGGCUCGAUCUGAUCAAGAUGACAAUAAGGGGUGGCUCUCCGUCUCAAGGGGGAAAGUGCGCUAUGCCGCCACGCGCCCACGCCACGUUGAUGCAAAUGUUUGAGGCCGAAAUACCUCAUCUCCGG